AAAUCUGCUGAAAUGAGUUGGGCUGUGGAAGAGUGGAAAGAAGGCCUUUCCACGCGAGUCCUUCAUAAGAUUCAAGAACUUGAAAGUCAUCUUGACAAGCUUAAAAAGGAGCGACAGCAAAGGCAGUUUCAGCUGGAAUCUCUGGAGGCAGCCUUGCAAAAACAGAAGCAGAAGGUUGAAAAUGAAAAAAAUGAAGGGGCAACACUGAAGAGAGAGAACCAGAAUUUGAUGGAACUGUGUGAUAACCUAGAAAAAAGCAAGCAGAAACUUUCCCAUGAACUUCAGGUGAAAGAAUCGCAAGUUAAUUUUCAAGAGGGACAACUCAUUUCGAGCAAGAAACAAAUUGAAAGGCUAGAGCAAGAACUUAAGAGAUACAAAUCUGAACUGGAAAGAAGUCAAAAGACCCUUACUGCCAGUGAUGCAUCUUUCAAUGGUACUCCACAGAAGACCUUGAUUGAUUCCUCAAUGCCAAGUCACAGCGAUUCAGAAUCUGAAGAACUGCAAGUAAAAUACAAUAAUGAAGUUGAAGAAAAGAGAAGACCAGAAGCAGAACUGAAGAGCAUGAAAUCUCAAAAAACAAAUCCCUUGCAUCCUGAAAAUACUAUAAGUCGCAGAGAAAUUGCCCGGCAACAGGCUUCUUCAUCGGUGUUCUCAUGGCAACAAGAGAAAACGCCAAGCCGUACUUCAUCCAGCUGUCAGGAAACUCCUGUAAGCAGUGGGUCAACAACGUCGCAUUUCCCCUGGGAAUUCGGGGCAACUCCUAGUCACAAAGAUCUAAACUUGGCAAAGAAAGAGUUCAGUGUCUGCAGAGACUCCCCACUUAAUCACCAGAUGAAGAUACAGAACCAAGAGCUAAGAUCCAGAAUUCAAGAACUAGACCAUAAGCUGCAAAUUCAAACACAAGAAAUGAAAUUCAGCAUUACUAAACUUCAGGAAACUCAGCUGCAACUGGGAAAUAUGAAAAUGGAAUUAAUAGAAAAAGAUAAAGCUCUGAACAAAAGCAGAAAUGAAGUAACUAGAAUUACAGCCCAACUCGAUCAAACUCUUGGUCAGUUUGCUGCGAAAGAGGAAAAGGUGAAAAAGCUUUCAGACGAGCUGAACUGCCAGAGACAAAAUUCUGAUAGCGCCCAGCGUUCAUUACAACAGAAAAUGAAAGAAAAGGAAAAAGAGCACCAAGAGGAACUCUCUCUCCAGGUCAGUCAGGUCAAGGUUAAACUUCAAGGGGAGCUGCAUGAAGCCAAGAACAGCUACAAUCUUCUUCACGCAGAACUUGAGAAAACUCUCUCAGCAAAAAAGCAGCUGGAAAAAAAUGCCAAUGACUUUACACAGAAGUUGAGUUGUGCGGACCAGGCUAUGCAAACAAUGCAACUGAAGGAAAAUGAGCUGAAAAGAACCUGUGAGGAAGUAAAGCAGCAAAACAGCCUCCUCAGCAACCGGUCCGCUCAACAACUGCAAGAAAUUUGCCAAUUAAAAGAAGAACUCCGUGUAGCCAAACAACUUUUGCAGCAGAGUCAAAACUUUUCAGAAGACAUGAAAAACAAAAAUUCUUCUCUAGAAAUAGAGUUAAAACUAUUUGAAGAGAAACUGAAGAAACAAGAUAAUCCUCUUAGUCUAGAGAAAAUGAAACUUGCUGUUUCUAUCUUGGAAAAUCAACGAGAUUCGCUUCAGCAGCUUCUGAAACAGAAAGACAACAUCAUUGAAGAGCUCAGAAUAAAAGUAGAGGAUCUGAAAACUUUGCAGCAAGGUCUUGCAGAAUGUGAAGGACUUAAGAAAGAGACUGAGCUCCUUUCCCAAUGGAAGAAAGAAAGUGAACAACUCUUGAACCAACUUCGUUUAGAAAAAGAAGGAUUGGUGAGCAAAAUUUGCAGCUUGGAAAGUGCUGUGAUGACCGAAAAGCUUAAAAGUAAUGAGAAAACAAAAGCUCUUGAAAGUGAAGAUGCAAAUCUUAGAGUGGAGAUCAAAACUCUGAAAUGUGUGGUAGAAGACAAAACAACAGAGCUAGUGGAACAAAAAAAAGCCUAUGUUGACCUUCAGCAAAAAAAUGCGAUGUCUGAGGAAAAGCAUAGGAAAGAGAGAGAGAACAAUUUGCUGAAAUUAUCUGAGUUUACCAAACAGGUGGAUGUCCUACAGAAAAAGCUACAAUCAGCAGCAAAUGAGGUGUUAGACAAGGAAAAAUGUAUUGCAGCUCUUGAAACUUCUUUAGCUUCUCACGCCCAGCUAAAUGCAUGCUUUCAGAAACAAUGUGAAGAGCAAGCCCAAGCCAGAGAUGAAACGGAAAGAAAAUUAGCCGAAGCGCAGCAAAGGCAGAAAGACUUUGCGUGGGAGACAGGACAGCACAUUAGUAAGUUGCAAGCAUCCGUUUCUGAAAAACAAGACUUGCUUGAUAAAGUGUUAGCUGCACUUGAGGAGAAAGACAAGAAAUUACAAGUGCUGAUCAAAGAAUUGGGUAGGCAACAAGCUGUGAUUCAGGAUUUAAAAAUCGAUAAUGCAUCGCUUGAGGACUCAGCGCAGCAGCUAAAAGUUAUGUCUCAAACAAUAAGCCAAAAGGAACCAGAUUUGUCUGGAGCGAUAUCCUUAAAUGAAAAGAAAAUUGAAGGUGUUAAUGAUGACAAUUCCAGCCUUAGGUGUGCUGUCAGGACUUUAGAACAAAAAAAUCUUGACUUAAUAGAAAGAAACCUAUAUCUUUCCAAUAGUUUGAAGGAAAGAGAGGUGUGUUUCUUGGAGCUGUCAGAAAGGCAGAGAGAGAAAUGCUUGUUAGUGUCCAAAGCUGAAGGACUGGAAAGGGAAUGUACAUCACUGGCAGCCAAGAAUGAGAACUUAGAAUGUGCUUUAAGGGAGCAGGCUUGCCAGUUUAAAGGGGAGAGAAACGAAUUUGAAAGCCGAGAAAAGCAACUGCUGUACGAAUGCGAGGAACUGCACGGUAAGCUCAUGUCCUUGGAGGGAAAAAAUAACCUUUUGCUUUCGCAACUCGGAAACAUUCAGCCAGUAUCUGAAGAAGCUGAAAUUUUAAGACAAGAUAGGGCAGCACAAAAUAACAUGCAACAUCCUGACAGUGUCUUGCUGCAAGAGAAUAAGCAACUGACGAAGGAGCUGAAAAUAAGGAAUGAGCAUGGUGUCUUUACUUUACACAAGACUUCAAUGGAAUACCUAGAGGUAUCUGUGGAAGAAAAGGAAGAUGAGCUGCAUAAGUAUCAAGUUAAGCUUGAGCUUCUUCAAAUGGACCUUGAAGAUAAAGAGGUUUCUGUAGAAUACUAUGCUGAUCAAGUAAAACAGCUGGAGGCGGGUUUGAGAGCUAUGGAAAUAAAAAUGGAAGAAAGUGAAAUGGAAAAAGAGAGACUGAAAUAUGAGUUGCAGUCUCUUAAACAAUUGCAAAACCCAACUUCAGAGAUUACAGAACAAGAUGAAAAUGACCAAUCCCCGGCGUCUUUCAGAGCUGUUACCAGGGAAAACUUCUACCGACAAAUAGAUGCUAAGUGUUCGUCAGUUCCUCGUGAUCUGCUUCCCAGCCAAAAUGAUUAUGUCCAAUUAGUAUCUUCCGUACACAUGACAAUGAGCAAGCUAAACGAGUUGGAGAAAAUGUGUGAACACCUGCAGAUCGAAAAGUCAACAUUAGCAUCACAGCUGAAAUACUCUGAAUUCGAAUGCUUCACCAACGCAGAUACCAUGGCACAAGAACUCAUGGACAAAAUGAAUGAGAAAAAAGAAAAGAGAACUGUUUUUUCUGUUGAAUUAAUAGAUCAGUGUAAAAUGGGAGCACAAUCUGAUAUUGAUAGAACACCCUCAAUAGCUGUGGAAUGUUGUGACGGACUUGAGUAUGAAUAUUUGAAACUAUCCAAUGAACAAAUUAAGGCACAUUUUGAUGGAGUCAAGGAAAAAGCCUUUUCUUUGAAAAAUGAAUAUAACAUCUUGCAGGGGCAGACCUUGAGUAUGGUCUCCAAAAUAUCAGAGCUACAAUGCUAUAUGGAAUUGCUUAAAGAAGAAAAUACUAGAGUGUCAAAAAGCUUCAAUCAAGUCGAUACUGCUUCAUUCACAAUGCAGGUGACCCCUAGCCUGGUGGAUAAAGAGUUUCAAUUGGAUGGAAAGUUCUGCAUGGAGUUUCCAUGUUUCACUGAAACCAAUGGUAGAAAAUUGAUUGGUAUGGAUUCUGAUUUUGACAGUGAACAGUACAAACCAUCAAAUGAAAUUGGUGGGCCAAAUAGUGGCAGACAAGAUGGUCUAGAAGGUACACUUGACCAACACCACCAGUAUCUUGCGGAGCUGUACAACGACGAUGCGUGGGUCUUUCCCAUAAAGCCAGGGCUUGUCGUAUCGAAAAAACGUAAUCUGCAAAAUAGGGUUGAACACCUGUUAUGCAAAACUUAUGAAAAGUCUUUUGAGAUGAUUGAAGAAUCCUUCAGGUGUCAUAAAAAUCUGGAAGAUGAGGAGAUACAAAAGAUUCAAGAGUUGCUCCUUUCUGCAAGGAAGGAAGUCGAUGGCCUCCGAAAGCAAACUGUAUCUGACAACGAACAGUGGCAACAAAGACUUAAUCGUGUGAUUCUACAGGUGGCGUCUGAAUUGCCAGCUGAGAAGAAACCCGGCCCGUUACCUCAGGAACAAAAAGAGCCACAGCUCCCGCUACAAGGCCUUGAUUUAAGUUCUCGGACACUGCUUUUUAUUGACACUGAACGUCAAGUGCAGAUUCCAUCUGAGCAAGAAAAUGAUGCCUCAUGUCAUCAGGAAAUUUAUGCUUCUUCUAACCAAGACGUACUUGAAACUGUGGGUCUCAAAGCUAAAGUAAAGACCCAUGAAGCAAUUGGAACAGAAGACCAGACAUCUGCUUAUAAAGCAGAUGUUAGUAUAAAAUCUACAGAAAAAUGCCUUCCGGAUUUAGAUACAGAAUCAAAAAAUGCAGCAGGUGAAUGCAUAAAGUCUUCAAACUGCCCUGAUGAACUAUCAUUUCCUCCAAAUAUCAACACAAGUACAAUGCCUGUGAAUUUCUUGGAAAACCACAGCACCAUUGAAAUGCCUCAGCUACAUAUAAACCAGGCUUACAGCAAUAGCUCUUCCCACGACGUGGAAGAAGGCAAUGAAAGAAUUGAUAAUCUGCUGAUGAGAGUCCAGUACUUAAACUCAGAUUUGGAUUCAAAGGACAAAGAGUUGGUUGAAAAGAGAACUGUUUGUGCAGAGUUAGACAAAAGACUCAUAACCCUCGAACAAGAAAAGGAAGACUUAAGUGAGGUGCUUAAAUCCAUCACUUUUGAUAACCAGCAAUUAACAUAUAACCUUAUGACUCUUGGGGUGGAACUGAACAAGGUAAAAUCUGAUCUGGAAAUGUACAAGAUGAGACUGUCUGAUACAACAGACAUUCUAGAAGAUUUAGAAAUGACCAAGGCGGAUUGGGUUGAGAAGCUUCUUGAAGCGGAAAAUGAAGUGAGGAGGAUAAAAUCUGAGAAAGCGAACAUUGAGAGCCAUGCCUUGUCCAUGGAGGGUGACGUCGAAGAGCUUCAGUCAAAGAAAGAGCAGUUAGAAAAAGAAAUCGAAAAGAAACUGAAAAUCAUUUUGGGCCUUCAAGAUCAGCUUUGCAUAAUCUCAGGGGAGAAAAAGCAAUUUAGUCAAGAACUCAGUGCUUUGUCAAAGGGUAAAGAAGAACAGGAUCAAGUGUGCCAAAAAAUGCAGGAGACGAUCAAGGAGCUUGAGUCGAGUCAAAUGGAUUCUGCUGAAUUCAUCAGGAUAUUAGAAGCCGAAGCUAAGACCCAGGCGAAAUUGCUUGAGUCCGCGAGGGUUGAUGCUGAUCGGUUAUCAACAGAAAGAGACUGCCUGGUGUUGCAGUUACAGAAGACGGGUAAGCUUGUGGAGGAUCUUGUGUUAGAAAAAGAGACAGCAGAAAAUCUAAUAUCACAUCUGUGUGAGGAAAAAGAAGUGAGCCUAAGGGAAUGUGAAACUUUACGCAGCAAGUUGAGUAUCUCUGAAAUGGAAAAUGCCAAGAUAUCCAAGUCUUUGGAAGGGUCGCUAAUAGAAAAAGGUGAACUUGCAGCCAGACUGAACUCUGCGCAGGAAGAAGCGGAUGAUCUGCGACGGGGCAUCGAGAAGCUAAAAAUAAAAAUUGAAUCCGACGAAAAGAGCAGGCGGCGCCUGGCUGAAAAGCUGAAAGACCGCGAACGGAAAGACGACCGUCUUGUAGACCAAAUUGAGAGCCUCGAAAGAGAAGUGCAAAUGUCAGAAGAGAAUUUGGAAAAUGCCAUUGUUCAGGCGGAAGCGGCCAAAGCAGAGGCAGAAGAAGCGAACGCUGAGAUUGAAAAGCUGCAUGUGAGUUUGCGGAGUUUAGAAUGUGAAAUGAAUGCCUUACAGGCAGAAAACGAGUGUGUAGGGAGGAAGCUGGAAGAAAAUCAAGACAAAGUCUCCAAUUUAGAAGUCAGUAAUGCCACACUCCUGAAACAGUUGGGAGAAAGGGAGAAAGAAAAGGUGCAAAUUAGAGGUGAUUAUGAAAGCACACUGUUAGCGAUGGAAUCCCAGUUGAAACAGGCCUGUGAAGAAAUUAGACUUUUUCAUAGCAAGCAAGAAACCUGCAAGGCAAAAGAACAGGAUCUGAUUAAUGAAGUAGUUUUACUCAAGAAUGAAAAUACACAGUUGGUUCAUUAUCUGGAGGAAGCAAAAUGCAAACAUUCUGAAAUAGAGCAGUUGGUGGAAGCCCUCCUCCAGGAAUUCCACGACUUCGAGCAAAAAUUGGAUGAAAAUGAUUCCUUUUCUGAGCAUUUGCCAAAAGAUGAAACUUUGCAGACUCUCCUUGAGGAUCUACAGGUGACUGUUAAACCUCCUGAGGACGAGUUGGAAGUCAUAACAUCUGUAAAAUAUUCCUUCCUUGGAAAGCAAAUAGUGCAGCUCAAGGAGAAAUCUAAUUCUUUCCGUCACAUGUUUCAGCAGUGGUUGGAUACGUAUAGAGAACUAAAGCAGGGGAAAAGGCAAAUGGUGAAGCAGAUUCAUGAACUGGAGACUCAGCUGAAGAUGGCAGAUGCAUGUUCUCACAGGGAUGUUGCUGCAGAGGAAAUAAGGUUGGAGCUGGAAGGAUUGAGAGAAUCACUUGAAGAGAAAACCACAGAGGCAGAUCAGAACCUGGAGAAGUACUGUGCCUUGAUAAUUAAUCACCAUAAAUUAGAAGAAGAAAAUGAGAUGCUAAGGACACAAGUCUCCUUACUGAACACUUGGCUCAAGCAGUCGCCAAGUGCCACCGGUUCUCCUUCCCCACAUCCAGGAAGGCCGACGAAAGUUGCCAAUGGGCAGCUUGCAGAAAAGGCAUCGCCUGAAGACAUUGCUAAGAUUACUGCAGAGAGACAGACUUGCCAAGAAAACAAAAGCAGUGGCAGAAAGGCAAGUUCUUUACUGGAAGCCAGCGCCAAAAUAGCUGAAAAGGAAACCACAUUUCAUCAGCAUGGCUCAGCGGUGCCCCAAGACAACACAGAGCAGGAGUCAGAUGGUUCCCCAGAAGUUGGGGGGGAAGGAUUUUCUGAUACGCCUCCAAGCAAUAGCAGCUCUUGCAUUUCCCAUAGAACAUACUUCAUGCCAAGGACGAGUCCCUGUCUCAUCAGUCCAAGCUUGAGUUCACCGCCAUUUACUGAUAACUCAGUUGAGAGUAAUUCCUUAUCUGAGAACAUUAAAGCAACAGCAGAGGGCAGCAAACUACCAAAGGUAAACGAUGCUCAGCUCCAAGAAAUACAAACUACUGGUUCACCCUUGGGCUUUACUCCUAGAUCUGCCCUUUCUGCCUGUAACCAGUCACCCCAAGCACUUCCUGAAAGAUCUGCUGAGUACCUCACUGCAGUCAAAACCAGACCAUCUCUAAGUACAGAAGAAAAUGAGCUGGAUGAAGCCUGCCAUGUUCAGUAACUCUGGACUAAGAUUAUUUCAGACAUAAAAUCCUGAGGGCAAAGGGUUGUUCUGACGUGAAGUCCUGGGGGGGGGGGGGGAAUCCAUCCACGAACUUCCUUCAGGGCCACAUCGCAGUGUGCGCUGUUGGUACGGGAGAUGCAUGUUCGUUGCUGUGUCUCAGAGCCUGCGACCAGUCCCAGCUUCCUGGUGCAUAUAUCUCUAUAGUAUAAUCAAUGGUAAAAGCAUGUGUUUCCACAAAUGUGUCCAUGUAUACACACAUUUCUAGUGGGGGAGGGAGAAAAAUCCUGAAGUAGCUCCCUAGUUUUGUGGUCAUUUCUUGUCAAGGUCCCUGCAACACACUUUCCUCAGUCACACAUUCAGAGCCAGAUGUAAAUUCCUCCCCACCUUCCCAUACAAUUCAGAGAGAGAUAAAGUAUCGCAAUGCAGGUUGCGUCUAAUUCAAAAUUAUCCAGGAAUGGGAAGUUUAACUGGCUUUAGUUUACUGGGUCUGUCUCCCCUCAAGAAACCUUCCCUUCAUACUACUGGUUUCCUAACCCUGUCCAACAGUUUUCUUUCAGUGAUUGAAGGGGUGGAUUUAGGAAGCUGCCAUGAGUAGAAGUUGCUAUUCUUUUCUUCAUUUUUCAGAUAUAUUAAGGGAUCCUGGGGUCUUGACAUACUUCUAAAAUCUGGGAGGGUUCAUACCUAACAUUAAAUCAUGAUUUAAUGCUACGUGCAUGAGCAGAAAGCAGCCUGAGCGAGACCAUGGGCUUCUUCCUCCUCGGAAGAAAAAUAAACUAAAUUCCUGGUAUGUCAUUAUGUGGGAAUCAGGAGUCAUGAUGCAAAAUAAACUCUAGUUUGUUAAACAAGCCGGCUAAAUAAUACCACAUUUAUAAUUGACUAUGCAAGCCAACUAUAAUCCCUCAAGAUUAACAAACUAGAGUUGAUGUUACACCGUGCUUCCUGGUUUGCACGUAACGAGAGAAGCCAGGAAUCAGGUGAAGUGAAACAGAUUCCUCUGUUCUUCUAUCUGGCUGUGUGGGAGGAAUAGAGGAAUGCUAACUUUCUGCUAAACUAUGGUUUAGCAUUACGUGCAAAUGCGGUCAGGUACAGACCACCACCACCCUGCAACCUUCCAAGCUAGAACAAGCCCUUGUCUAAAGCUUUCUUUCUAACUGCAAAAAAAUUGAAAUUAGUGUUCACAGCACAAGUCCAAGACCUCCCUCCCUCCCUCUACUUUAGUCCAUUGGGAUUUAUGAACAUUGCUUACUUGUAGAGAGUCUACCAAAGCUAACGGCUAAGAGGUCCACUUAGAGAAUAGUUAUUUUAAAAAGAAAGAAAAGGCAAGCAACAAGGAAAUUGUUGUGUGCAAUAGGUCUGGAUUGACAUCAUUUCAGAUAAACCUUUGGAACAGUAAUUUUCAAAUUGGAACACAUCGCCUCAAGGGUACUCAUGCUCUCAUCAAGGUUACAAAGUACCUGAGGGAUACAGAUUAAAGACACUUCAGGGAACAGAAAUAGCUUGCUGCCUGUACAAUCCUGCUAAGUGGGAGUUUUCCCCCUCCUUUUUUGAAAGUUGCCUUUCAGUGCCUCAUUUAAUAAUGGCUGUACAAACAGACAUUGUUCUUCAGAUUUUUUAAUCUGUAAGUGACUCGCAAAGCAAUGUAGGUGAGAAUCCAUAGUACUUAAAAAUAUUUCUGCACAUUCCUACUGGACAAACUACUAUUAAAGCUGGGAGAGUUUCAAAUGUAGUUUGUGAUGAAAUGAUGUGCAGAUGAGAUGUCCA